GGCACUGACUGGCAUCACUGCUGGGCACUGACUGGCGGCACUGACUGGCACAACCGCUGGGCACUGACUGGUGGCACUGACUGGCAGCACUGCUAGGCUGCACUGGUGGGUGGCACUGGUGGGCGGCACUGGUGGGUGGGCACAGGAGGGUGGCACUGGUGGGCACAGGUGAGUGGCACUGGUGGGCACAGGUGGGUGGGCAUAGGGUGGGUGGCACUGGUGGGCACAGGUAUGUGGCACUUCUGGGCACAGGUGGGUGGAACUUGCGGGUGGCACUGCUGGGCACCGAUCAUCAGGGCACUGAUCAUCAGUGCCCUGAUGAUCAGUGCCGAUCCCCGCUCUGACAACUGCCGGUUCUCGGCAGUACUUUCCUCACGAUCUGACAGCGUGAGGAAAGUGCAGCCGAGAACCGGCACUUGC